GUAAAUGAUUACUAAAAACAAAACCAUUUGACCAAACAUGAAUUUAUUGUCCCUAUCAGAUAUGGUUCCCAAUUGAAAAUAAAAGAAUGUCCAAGUACACCUGCCAAUCUAUAAAUUCAUAUGAUGAGCUACAUUAAAUUUUGAACCUGCCACCCAAACAAGGUUUAGUAACAACAGUAAAGCAAACAGGAGAUAGAGAGAGUGAUGGCAGAAGUAACAGCAGUAGCUCAGGUUAAGUCAAUAUUUGUAUAUCCCAUCAAGUCAUGCCGUGGAAUUUCUGUUUCUCAAGCACCUAUCACUUCCACUGGAUUUCGAUGGGAUCGACAGUGGUUAGUGGUGAAUUCCAAAGGCAGGGCCCUUACUCAAAGAGUUGAACCAAAGCUUGCUCUUGUUGAAGUGACAUUGCCAACUGAGGCUUUUUCUGAAGGCUGGGAACCAAAUAACGACUCUUAUCUAGUUAUCAGAGCCCCUGGCAUGGAUCCACUGAAAAUUCCACUAAGUAACCCAUCUCAAGUGACGGAUGGUGUGUCGGUCUGGGAGUGGUCUGGCUCUGCCUUGGACGAGGGAGCUGAGGCAGCAACGUGGUUCUCCACUCAUCUUGGAAAACCAAGUCGGCUAGUUCGCUUUAGUGAAGUGAAGGAAAUGAGGGUUGUAGAUCCUAAUUAUGCUCAAGGAUACAAUGUUAUGUUUUCUGAUGGAUAUCCAUACCUUGUGCUAUCCCAGGGAUCGUUGAAUGCAUUAAAUUCUCUUCUUAAGGAGCCUGUUCCAGUAAAUCGUUUUAGACCCAAUGUUCUUGUUGACGGAUGUGAACCAUUUGCUGAGGAUUUGUGGAAGGAGAUCCGGAUCAAUAAGUUGACAUUUGAGGGUGUCAAACUAUGCUCUCGCUGUAAGGUACCUACCAUAAAUCAAGAAACAGCAGUACCAGGCUCUGAGCCAACAGAAACUCUCUCGAAGUUCCGAUCUGAUAAUGCCUUGCGUCCGAAUAAGAAACAACAAGGGAAUGUAUAUUUUGGACAGAACAUGGUUUGUUCCGACGCCCUUAGCCGUGGAAAAGGAAAGAUAGUCAAGGUGGGGGACCCUGUUUAUGUCCUUAAGGUUGUUCCUUCUAGUGCUGAAGCUCCAGCUUGAACUCUAGUAGUUCUAUCACCACAAUGGAAGGUGUGCAUUUGAAUAAGGUGAUUGGAAAAGAUUAAGAAUACUAAUGUAAAGAAAAGAGAUCUUCUAGGCCACUGCUAUAUAUUUUAUCUAAAUAAAAGGUUAGCUUGAAUUUGUCCUUUCCUGGUUGUGAAUUGCAUCAAGCAAGGUAUAAAACCAUGUAAAUGUGACCAGCUACGUCUCAAUUCCAGCAAGUUGAGAUCAGUAUAUGAAUCUUCAUUGUC